AUGAAAUACUCAUGUGUCCAAUUGAAUGAUUUACCAGAUGAAAUUCUGCUGAUUAUUUUCAAACAACUUGAUAAUCUUGAAUUACUUUAUUCUUUUCAUGAUGUUAAUGAACGAUUGAAUAAAAUUUUACAUGAUCCAGUAUUUACAAGUCAUUUAAGCUUCGUCAAAUGGUCAUUGAAUGAAAUUAUUAAUAAAUUUUCUUCUUAUAUUAUACUUGAUCGAUUUUGUUUACAAAUUUUACCGAAAAUUCAUAUGAGAAUCAAAUGUCUAGAUCUUGAAUCUGAAUCUAUGAAAAAUAUUUUAGAUGCUGCUGAUUAUCCUAAUUUAUAUUCACUUGGUCUAUAUAAUAUCGAAGAAAACAUAGCUGAAUGUCUUUUUACUGGUAAAUAUAUUUAA